AUUCGAACUCUUCCACACGCAAUUGUUUUCCUUUCGGUCGACGAGCAGCUGUUCCUCCCUCUCCUGUUCAAGGGCAAUUUCCGGCAGGAUUAACGACCGCACAAAUGGGAGCAGAUUACAUUAGCUAUGCUUACGCCUCGGCAGUGGCUUUGGGGGGGAUUAUUGGAUAUGCUAAAGCUGGCAGCAUUCCGUCCCUAGGAGCUGGUCUGCUUUUUGGCUCGGUUUUGGGCUAUGGGGCCUACCAACUGAGUGAGAACCCCAACAACUACUACCUCACCCUAGGGACAAGCACAGCUCUUGGAGGCCUCAUGGGCAUGCGCUUCCUCAACUCGGGAAAGUUCAUGCCUCCAGGGCUCAUUGCCGUGAUGAGCUUGGCGAUGGUGGCUCGAUUGGGAGCACGAGCUGUUGGCCUCACAGACACCAAAAUGCAGUAAAUACAACAGUCAAUUGAUAAUUGGGGUAUCGUGCCAGCAUUCCUCAACUUUGCGUCUACUUAAGACAGUGUUUAAGGUUUUGUUUGAUGGAGUAUUUAUUCUAAAACAGGUUUAAUCACAAAGGCAUAAUAACACAUUGAAGGAUACAUACUCUGAAAUUCCGGGAGAGUAUGGUUUGUUCUGUCAGGGGAGACUGUAGCAAGAAGAGCGAACAAUUAAUUUAGUGUGAUGUGUUAAUGGAUUGCCCUUGUUUCCAAAAAUUGAAAAUGUUACUUUUGGAUAGGAAAAGGAAAUAUAUUUUUUCAAUUUUUGUGAAAACAGGUCCUUGAUAGAAGAUAUUACUAUAUGAAAGUCAUUUUCUUGUUGUAUGCUCUUUUACCAUUGUUCCAAUAAACAUAAAAUAGAA